AUGUUUAUACCUUCAGCCCUUCCGGAGAGCAGGAUAGCAGGUGGUUCCGUUGCAAACAUAUCGAACUUCCCAUUUGCCGCGGCGCUUCUCAACAACAUACAAUAUGGGACAUUUCGACAACUAUGCGGAGGCACCAUCAUCAGUAGUAAUGCUAUACUUUCCUCUGCUUCUUGCUUCUUUACUGGGACCACCGCCCAUCAAGAAGCAACAUGGCGGGCACGUCUAGGCUCAUCAUCAGCAAACAGCGGCGGUCUUGUUUACAUCAUCCGCCUCAUCACCACGCACCCAGACUUCGUGUCAACCACUAGGGUCCAUGAUAUCGCGGUUGUGAGAACCACACUUAACAUCAUGUAUGGACCCAGUGUGCAAGCGGCGUAUCUAGCCGGUGGGGCGUAUUCUGUUCCUUCUGGACAGUCUGUUACUGCUAUUGGUUGGGGAGCUACUUCGGCGACCAGCGCGUUGUCGCCAGACCUCCGGCAGGUUAAUAUCUGGGUGACGGAGCAGCAGACCUGCGUCUCUCGGUACAACGCGCUCAACUUUAUGGUCACUGAUAAUAUGAUAUGUGCCGGCUGGCUUGAUGUGGGCAUACGGGGACAGUGUACGGGAGACACCGGCAGCCCUCUACUACAUGGAAACAUAGUAGUCGGUGUGUUCUCUUGGGCAGAAGGCUGUGCAGCAGCCCGGUUCCCCAACAUAAACACCAGAGUGUCCGUAUACUCGCGAUGGAUAGAAGCUACGGCUGUGGCUUAGAGAAAUCGAUAAAAUUGUGUGAUGCCUUAGCAUACAUCUUAAUGUAUAAUAAAUGUUUAUUAUGGUUACGUGUUUCUCAAUAUUUUAUAGAAGAAGUAAAU